AUGAAUUCAACCGUGAGGUGUUUUAAAGAAGGACAUCGAGAAGAAAUCAGACAGGUCGCACUGGAAGUCUUUUCGAAUGAUUUUAUGCGUAAUGAUGAGAGCGAUGGUAUCGAGAAUGGCACUUCUGUAGUCUACGCGAUCGACGGCUCAGGAAUCGGGACACAAAAACGAGCAUCUAUUUCUCGCACCCACUUGAAACGAAAAAGAAACCUCGACGAUUGGCUAUUGCUUCCAAAGCCCGAUUUGAGGGGCUCCCGAUCGCGAUUGGACGAGGGCUCGUCUACUCGUACAGUAAUUUCCGGAGGAACCCACCCACAAAGAGUUUGUAUCGACCUAACUCUCGAUGAGUCUGACGAUGAAUUCGAAACUUCUAGCCGUUCAGAAACAGCCAACGAAAAGCCUCUUGUUUCAUUGUCCUCCAUACUGCGUGACAACACUACUUCUUCUAGUAAACCAAAAAAACUAGCUCCUUUGACUCUAACGACCCCUGAAAUGGUGUCAACACAUACGCCUCUCACCAUGCACCCUUCAAUACUACCUUUGGAACUAUCUUGCAGAUUAUACUAUGCCAUGCUGAAAGCUUCAGAAGGGUGGACUCGAAACAAGUGGUGGCUUGCAGAUAGGAUGGUAGAAUCGCCACAUACUACCUCAUUCUAUGCUCGUCAUGCACAAGAGGAUGAUUAUGAUUGGAAUGAAGCCGCCCAAUACUGGUAUGCUGGACGACCUACCGGACCUCCUCUCCCUUUCUUACCGGAAAUGGAAGAAGCAUGCGGAUAUAUUGAAAAAGUGGUCAACGAAGCCAUUAAGCAAAGACCACGAUAUUCGCUGGAAUGGGCUGGAGCAGGAGAGGAAAGCAAGGAUGAAGUACCUCAAUGGCGCCCGAAUGUUGCGGCAGCUAAUUGUUAUCGUGGUGCUAAGGAGGCAGUUGGGUAUCACUCAGACCAAAUGACGUAUCUAGGUCCAUAUCCGACAAUAGCCUCGUUGUCUCUUGGAACUACCCGUGAAUUCAGGGUUCGUGAAGUCAUACCAAAAGAAAAUCGAUUACAAAAGGAGGCUCGAACCUACAUUGUUCCACUCCCACAUAACUCGCUUGUGAUCAUGCACCCGCCUUGUCAAGAGCGCUUUAAGCACACUGUACCUUCUCAACAAGCUAUCGACAUGUUCAGACCUCCGUUUCCGCAUGAUGCGCAGCCAUCUAAUGCACGCAUAAACAUUACCUUCCGUUUCUAUCGACCAGACUUCAGGCCCCACACAACUCCACGAUGCGCAUGCGGUGAUCCAUGUGUAUUGCGCGCAGAUAUGAAAGGAAAGUGGAAAAAGCGGGAGCAAAAUUCGUCCGAAGAAAACAAAGAAAUUAAUUACUUCUGGCAGUGCUACAGUAGCGCACAGAACGAAGGAAAAUCCUGCGGUCACUGGCGUUUGAUGGAUGUUAAGAAAGAGGGAAGAGGUCCAGUCAUCGGGAGUGGAUCGUGA